CCUCCCUGCCGAGCCGAGAACCGAGCCUGCACCCGGCGCUUCCGAGCCUUGUUCCCGCCGCGCUCGCCCCGGGCCGCCCGGAACCCCGAUGAGCCCAGAUGGCCGGGGCUCAACCCGGAGUGCACGCCUUGCAACUCAAGCCCGUGUGCGUGUCCGACAGCCUCAAGAAGGGCACCAAAUUCGUCAAGUGGGAUGAUGACUCCACUAUUGUUACUCCAAUCAUUUUGAGGACUGAUCCUCAGGGAUUUUUCUUUUACUGGACAGAUCAGAAUAAGGAGACGGAGCUGUUAGAUCUCAGCCUUGUCAAAGAUGCCAGGUGUGGGAAGCAUGCCAAAGCUCCCAAGGACCCCAAAUUACGUGAACUUCUGGAUGUGGGGAAUAUUGGGCGCCUGGAGCAUCGCAUGAUAACUGUGGUAUAUGGUCCUGACUUAGUGAACAUCUCUCAUUUGAAUCUCGUGGCUUUCCAAGAAGAAGUGGCCAAGGAAUGGACAAAUGAGGUCUUCAGCUUGGCAACAAACCUGCUGGCCCAAAACAUGUCCAGAGACGCAUUUCUGGAAAAAGCAUACACUAAACUGAAGCUGCAAGUCACUCCAGAAGGACGUAUUCCUCUCAAAAACAUCUAUCGCUUGUUUUCAGCAGACCGGAAGCGAGUGGAAACCGCAUUAGAGGCUUGUAGUCUUCCAUCUUCAAGGAAUGAGUCCAUACCUCAAGAGGAUUUCACUCCAGAUGUGUACAGAGUUUUCCUGAACAAUCUUUGUCCCCGACCUGAGAUUGAUAACAUCUUUUCUGAAUUUGGUGCCAAAAGCAAACCAUACCUUACUGUAGACCAGAUGAUGGAUUUUAUUAACCUCAAGCAGCGAGACCCCCGGCUGAAUGAAAUACUCUACCCACCUCUGAAGCAAGAGCAAGUUCAAGUGCUGAUCGAGAAGUAUGAGCCCAACAGCAGCCUUGCCAAAAAAGGGCAGAUCUCAGUAGAUGGAUUUAUGCGCUACCUGAGUGGAGAGGAAAAUGGAGUUGUUUCUCCUGAGAAACUGGAUUUGAAUGAAGACAUGUCACAGCCCCUGUCUCACUAUUUCAUUAACUCCUCACACAACACCUACCUCACAGCUGGCCAGUUGGCUGGGAACUCCUCUGUCGAGAUGUAUCGCCAAGUGCUCCUGUCUGGGUGUCGUUGUGUGGAACUGGACUGCUGGAAAGGGAGGACUGCAGAGGAAGAGCCUGUUAUCACCCAUGGCUUCACCAUGACAACAGAAAUAUCCUUCAAGGAGGUGAUAGAGGCAAUCGCUGAGUGCGCAUUUAAGACUUCACCUUUUCCAAUUCUCCUUUCAUUUGAGAACCACGUGGAUUCCCCGAAGCAGCAGGCCAAAAUGGCUGAGUAUUGCCGGCUGAUCUUUGGCGAUGCCCUGCUCAUGGAACCCCUGGAGAAACACCCAUUGGAAUCCGGAGUGCCUCUUCCAAGCCCUAUGGAUUUAAUGUAUAAAAUUUUGGUGAAAAACAAGAAAAAAUCACACAAGUCCUCAGAGGGAAGUGGAAAAAAGAAGCUUUCAGAACAAGCCUCCAACACAUACAGCGAUUCCUCCAGCGUGUUUGAGCCUUCAUCUCCAGGAGCUGGAGAGGCUGACACAGAGAGUGACGACGACGACGACGAUGAUGACUGUAAAAAAUCUUCAAUGGAUGAGGGCACUGCCGGGAGUGAGGCCAUGGCCACAGAGGAGAUGUCAAACCUGGUGAACUAUAUUCAGCCAGUCAAGUUUGAGUCAUUUGAAAUUUCAAAAAAAAGAAAUAAGAGCUUUGAGAUGUCUUCUUUUGUGGAAACCAAGGGCCUUGAGCAACUCACGAAGUCUCCAGUGGAAUUUGUAGAAUAUAACAAAAUGCAGCUUAGCAGGAUAUAUCCAAAAGGAACACGUGUGGAUUCAUCCAACUACAUGCCUCAGCUCUUCUGGAAUGCCGGCUGUCAGAUGGUGGCACUCAACUUCCAGACAGUGGACCUGGCUAUGCAAAUAAACAUGGGGAUGUAUGAAUACAAUGGGAAGAGUGGCUACAGAUUGAAGCCAGAGUUCAUGAGGAGGCCGGACAAGCAUUUUGAUCCAUUUACAGAAGGCAUCGUAGAUGGGAUAGUGGCCAACACUUUAUCAGUUAAGAUUAUUUCAGGUCAGUUUCUUUCUGAUAAAAAGGUUGGGACUUAUGUGGAAGUGGAUAUGUUUGGUUUGCCUGUGGAUACAAGGAGAAAAGCAUUUAAGACCAAGACAUCCCAAGGGAAUGCUGUAAAUCCUGUCUGGGAAGAAGAACCCAUUGUGUUUAAAAAGGUGGUUCUGCCUUCUCUGGCCUGUUUGAGGAUAGCAGUUUAUGAAGAAGGAGGUAAAUUUAUUGGCCAUCGGAUCUUGCCUGUACAAGCUAUCCGGCCAGGCUAUCACUACAUCUCUCUGAGGAAUGAGAGGAACCAGCCUCUGAUGCUGCCAGCUGUCUUUGUUUACAUAGAAGUGAAAGACUAUGUGCCAGACACAUAUGCAGAUGUGAUUGAAGCCUUGUCAAAUCCAAUCCGGUAUGUGAAUCUCAUGGAGCAGAGAGCAAAGCAACUGGCUGCUUUGACUCUGGAAGAUGAAGAAGACAUCAAAAAAGAGGCUGAUCCUGGGGAAACCCCAUCAGAGGCUCCAAGUGAAGCCAGAACAACUCCAGCAGAAAAUGGAGUGAACCACACUGCAUCCCUGGCACCCAAACCACCCUCCCAAGCUCAGCACAGCCAACCUGCUCCGGGUUCUGUAAAGGCGCCUGCCAAAACAGAAGACCUUAUUCAGAGUGUCUUAACAGAGGUGGAGGCUCAGACCAUCGAAGAGCUCAAGCAACAGAAAGCGUUCGUGAAACUUCAGAAGAAGCAUUACAAAGAAAUGAAGGAGCUGGUCAAGAGACACCACAAGAAGACAACGGAGCUGAUCAAGGAGCACACGGCGAAGUACAACGAAAUCCACAAUGACUGCUUGAGGAGGAGGGCUGCUCUGGAAAAGUCCGCCAAAAAGGACAGCAAGAAAAAAUCAGAACCCAGCAGCCCUGACCACGGUCCAUCGACCAUUGAGCAAGACCUUGCUGCCCUGGAUGCUGAAAUGACGCAAAAGCUAGUAGACCUCAAGGACAAGCAGCAGCAGCAGCUGCUUAACCUCCGGCAAGAGCAGUACUACAGUGAGAAAUACCAGAAACGAGAGCACAUCAAGCUGCUUAUUCAGAAGUUGACGGACGUUGCAGAAGAGUGUCAGAACAACCAGCUGAAGAAGCUCAAGGAGAUCUGUGAGAAAGAAAAGAAGGAACUAAAGAAGAAAAUGGACAAAAAGAGGCAAGAGAAGAUAACAGAAGCCAAGUCCAAAGAUAAAAGCCAGAUGGAAGAGGAGAAAACAGAGAUGAUCCGGUCAUACAUCCAGGAGGUGGUGCAGUACAUCAAGAGGUUAGAAGAGGCACAAAGCAAAAGGCAAGAAAAACUUGUGGAGAAACACAAGGAGAUCCGCCAGCAGAUCCUGGAUGAGAAGCCCAAGCUACAGACGGAGCUAGAGCAAGAAUACCAAGACAAGUUCAAGAGACUGCCCCUGGAGAUUUUGGAGUUUGUCCAGGAAGCCAUGAAGGGGAAGAUCAGUGAAGAGAGCAAUCACGGUUCUGCCCCUCCCUCCUUAGCAUCAGACCCUGGGAAGGUGCACCACAGGCCUCCUUCCCACGAGGAAGUAGAAGGAGAGAACCCCAGAAAAGAGUUCGAUACUCCCCUGUGACUGUUCCUGCCAGACCUUCCGGAUAUGCACGGCCACUCAAGUUCCCUCAGACUGUCUCUCACUACAAAGAUCACUGCCCAGGGCCAUCUUCCUGAGACACAUCCCUUAGCCUAAGGUCCACACCACAGGGAGAGUUCCGGAAGGAUCCUUGCAGAAGUCCUAUGUCCUGGUUCCAUAUGUCACGUGGAAGCUACUGCAGGUCUACCAGAGAAGAGUGCAUGUAUGCGGGAUGUUUCUGGUUUUCUUUCUAAUAAUAAAUUCAAAGCAGGCAACUCCCAGGCUCCAUGGACCAUGAAACGAAGGACAGUGUCUUCUUUGGAGAAAAUUUGAGCUCAUGUUUUUAUGUGAAGCUCUGAUGUAAAGUAUUGCAAAGUAAUAGAAAUAGUUUGACAACUGUAUAGCACCAUUAACACUAUGUAACAUUCAACUUUGAUCAUUUUUUCCUUAACUGCCCCUCAACUCCAUAUCUCCAAGUUACAUUGCAUAUUAAAAUGUUUUGUCCUUUGCUUUGCAAGCACUGGUGGCUUGCAGUUUGCUAAUUUAUUUAUCAUUGACACAUCAGUGUAUUUGUUGCUGACAUGGCUCUCUUAGAUACCAUAGUGACUCAAAUGAGCUGGUUUCUUUUAUGAACAACACAAUCACUUGAUUGUAUCAAUGCCCGAUGAAGCCAUCCCAAGACUAGCAAUAUGGAUUGUACAUUCAGCUGCAUGAACAGGUUGGCUAUGUGCUUUCAGGCAGUGUGUACCCGAAUUGACUCUCUGCACUCAGUCUGUGUAUGUAUUGCUUUCUGGCCCGAAAUGAUCAAAUAGCUACAAGUGUAUUCUGUUUAGUAAAAAGAGUUGGACUGAUGUAUAUUAAUCAGAAAUUCAAUCAGAACAAACAGGGUUCAGUUAGUAAUUUUGUUAAAUUUUUUUCAUGGCUCAUAUAUUUUUAUGAGAGGAAGAUGAUAGAAUAUUUCUCUAAAUGCAUACAUCUAUGUAUAAAUAAUAAAUAUUAUCUCCAUGUAUAUACUCCAUGUAUUAUGCACUUGGCCAUGUAGCCACACACACACACACACACACACACACACACACACUUAUGUGUAAAUGUGUGUUUAUUAAUUGGCAGUGCCCCAAAUCUCUUUCAUAUGAUUUAAGACCAAAUUCAGGGAUAAAUAGAGAAGAAAAGGGUCAAAUAUAUACACUACAUGGAAUUAUUUGGAAAUAGUAAGAAAAAAUUGAUGGAGUUAAUGAUGCAACUUCAGGUAGACUUAAAAUGCAAAUUUAUAAAUUUAAUUAAAAAAUUUGCAGGAUCAAAAAUUGUAUCAGAUUUUAAGCUUCUUUUAACAAUCAGAAUAUUUUUAAAUGCAUAGGUAAAUAGAGUGCAAAUGUGUUAUUAUCUUCCCUAAUUUUUAACUGAUUGAUUUCAAUUUUAUUAUAACAUAAGUAAAAUUUUGAUUAUAUAGUUAGUAUGUACAUUGACUUCACUUAAUCAUGUUUUGUUAUGUUCAUACUUUAUUUUAAGUAGAAUGAAAAGCAAAGUAUAUUAUAGUUCAAAUAAUCAAAACCAUUAUUGAAAGGUCGUAAGAAAGAUUAAUGAUAUAGAAAAAUUAUAAUGCAGAGAGUGAUACAAAGAACAUUAAAAUCCAGAAAUGAUAAGCUGAUGUCUUUAUUUUAUUUUAAAGUGAACCUGUCUGAUUGUAGUAUAACAAAACAUCUUACAAUGCAAAAAGCAGUUGUGUCCUACAACAUGUGUUUCAAGAAUUUAAUAUUUUUAUGGAAAUGAUUUUAUUUAACUUUAAGCAAUAACAAGGGAUCACAAUUAAGUUUUAAUCAAAAUGAAGGCUUACUUCAAAUAGUAAGACAGAAUGUUUGAUUAAAAAAAUCACAUCCAGUGAGACACAAGGGGAAAAUCACAUCCUCUUUAGAGAUUAUUAUAUUUUGAUCCAAAGGAUUUAGUGCUAAUUAGACACUUAGUAAAACUGAACUUCCACUGAUAGAGAACCCUUCUCUAAACCAUUCUACUUGCACUUUGAAGGAAAGGCAUUACUCAUAAAGAACUAAGAAUGGUCAAAACUGAAUGCUGCAUUUUUUAUAAGCAAAUUAUAGACUGGAAAAUUAGAGAGGAGUGACCCAAUGAUAGCAUGCAUAACCAAACACAAUGGUAAUUAUUACUGAAUGUUUUAUCACAUUUUAAUCCAGAGACAGACUAAGGAUGAAUAACCUUGAUUUUCAAAAAACUGUUUUGGUAGUUGGAUUUCAUUAUCUUAGUGAUUCUAGUCAUUUUACAGCACAUUUGUAUUUGGCCAUUUACUGUAAUCACAUUUUUAUAUCUGUACAAUGACACUUUUGCAGUUGUGGGGUAGUGUGUAACACUGUGCAUCUUGCAUCAUUGAAACUACUACAGUGAUACUAUCAUGUAAUAAUAUUAAUAUUACUUGAACAUAGACAUUGAUAAAGGAAAGGGGUCUAUAUGAUGUGCAGUUUUGUGCCUUUAUGUAUUUGCCUUUGUUCCUUGUUGAAUGUGUAAAAUUCUGUACUGUGGUUUUUCUGGUAAUAGAGAGUAGAGUUGUGUAUUAAAUUAGACUGUGUCCCUGACACCUUUACACUACUGAGAACAGUGUGGUUUUGGCCGUAUAAAUCAGUGUUAAAAGUUCUAAAGACAUGCCAUGCGUUUUGGUUUUUAACAUUUCAGUACCAUAACAUAUUAAUUAAUAUUUCUGUAAUAAAUAAGCAGUCAUUAAAUAAGUUCUGAAAGAAAGGGCCCUUGCUUGCUUUCCUUUGAAUUUAAUGUUGUGCUUGUGCACUGUGUUAAUAUUGUAUGUGAUGGAUUAGACAUUGUGACUUUUGCCUUUUAAAAAGAAAAAAAAGAGAUAGGACAAAGUGUUUGAAGCUCUUAAAAUGUACAUAUUUUGGUUCUUCUAUCUCGAAUUAUUUAAAAUGCAUAAUUCACAUUUUUGUAAUAAUUCUAUGCAAUUUUGUGGCAUGAUGUUUCUUCCACUCGUAAUUUUAUGUGCUUUCAUUCACAAAUCCAAAGGAAACAAUAAAAAUUUCUUAACACAA